UACAAAUUGGAUUUUUUCUGGCAAAAAUUUUAUUUUGGUCAUACCAUAAAAAAUGUUAUUCUCUGAGUAUUAUUUAUGGCCAACGAAAUGCAGGUGGGAUUAGGGUUAUGAGACUUGUUUAUGGUUAGUAUCACCAAUGUCCUGUAUGAAGAAAUCACAUCGAAUGUUUCUAAUGUCUUUCACAUAGGAUGACUAAUAUUCCAUUCUGAAUUUAUUGUCUGUUGAAAUGCAUAUUCAAGCCAUCCGAAAUGACAUGAUUCAGUUGUUCAUGUCUGAUGUGAAAAUGGCCCAACCUUUGAAAAAAGUAACUGAAUUCACUAAUUCUAAAGGAUGCAUUAUUCAUUAUUGGAUAGAAGAAAAUGAACACGAAGGUUAUUCCAUUCACCUCUGUAUGAGUGGUUGAAAUCCAGGUGGCUAGAGUGGGAGGGUGAGGAGGAUGAUGGGUCUCAUAACCCAUGAACUUAUAAUCGAUUUUUGCAUGUCAGGUGACGAGGGUGGGUAUGUGGACACAGGGUGGUGUUUGCUCUCAUCUCUCUCACCCAAACACGUUUUAUCAUGGUCCUAGACCCAAUGGGCUGAAUAAAUGAAUUGACCCUGAAAAAAGGACUGAUAUUAAUUUUCUCACCCCCAGGCCAUUAAUAUGUCGUUCACAUUUGGAUAAAAGUUUAUGGCUUGGGCCUAAUGGAGCAUAGGGUGAACAUGAUAGGACCGAUAAAACUUAUUUGCGCAUAAUCACGUUCUUCAUUUUCCCUCUUGGAACCAUAUUCAUUUAUUAAUGUGCAAGAUCUCAUUCGAUCAACUGAAUUACCUAUUAUUUGAAUUAUGUUAUGGCUUUGCUGAAGUUUGGAAGAACGCAAGACGUCUCUUUAAUAGUAGAAAAAUCUAAAAAGUUGGACUUUGAUGUUUCAUCAAGUGUUCAUGAGUUCCUCUCUCUAUCACCAACUGCAUCAACUAGAGGUAAAUAUAAACGAACAAAACUACUGAAGAACCGGUCUUCAUUUACCACUGAUCCACAUCAAACUACUGCGAUGGAAAAAGAAAAUAUAUAUUCGAAUCGCACAAGUGGACUAACUCCAAGUGCCAAACGUCUACACAUGAGCUGUUCUGCGUCAGCUUCACCCAUAAAGUCAAUAGUAAUCCCUAAACGUCCAACACGGUCCCUGUCAAGUAGUCCUUGUGAAACACUUGGGACUCAUCCCUUGGGUGAUAACUUAGAUGACAUUUCUGUUCGUCGACACAAAUCUACUGAUAAUCAAUGCAUUUUAUCGGAUUUAUCAUCCAUUGUACCCAGUCCAAACAUAUUUUCGAAUGGGAUUUUUGACUUCACAAUGUGUGAUCAAUGUUCUGAUUUACGAUCUCAAUCAUUAGAUUCUUGGAUGGACCAUUUAGGUGAAUUACAUCCUGUACCAGUUCAUUGGCCAAGUUCACGUGCUGAUUGCCUUAGUGAGAAAGAAAAAAAAAAUCCUUAUACCACAGUUGUUGGUUCUAACAAAAAACGCAAAGCAUCUGCGAUUCCACGACCGCUAAAUAGUUUUAUGAUUUUUGCCCAAUACCUUCGAAGAAUCAUACUGCAUUGGUUCCCCGAUGCACCUAACGCACACAUUAGUCAACGAGUGGGACAACUAUGGAGAAAACUAGAUUUAAAAAUGCGUGAUAAAUACAUGGAUGAAGCUUUUCGUUUGCAACAAUUACAUGCCAUAGAAUUUCCUGACUAUAAGUAUAAACCUAAAAAGCGUGCACGUAAUGUAAAUAGCGAUGACAACAAAAUUGAAACUGAUGAACGUGUUCCCAAGUCAGAAGUUGUCAUACCAAUUAUAUCAAAAUCGAUGACAUCUAAUAAUAACAAUAAUUCCAAAAUGCAUCAUGAGAAUGUUACAUUUCCCGUUGAUCAGAAUUUUUCCACUAGCUUAAACAAUCAAAAUUCUGACGAAAAACAUCCUCAAAACCAAACGCCGAUGAUAAUUGGACAAAACCAAAGCUCUACUGUUAACUCCAUCACUUGCUGCAGAAAUUACUUACAAUCUAAUUCACAGGUAAACAAUAAGUUGAAUAUGGAAUUAUACCAACCAGUAAAAGUAGAUUAUAAUUAUUCCAAUACAACACGUGUUGGCAAUCCAUAUGACAAAAGAGUGUUUAUAUCACCUGCUAUAAAUGACAACUAUAUUUCUAAGGAAAAUGAAGAAGUCGACGAAAAAAUGACAUUAUUAGUUUCUGAUAGCGGGGACAUCGAACAUGUAACUUGUCAGUUGCAUAAAAUCAUACCAUGUCAAACUAUUGAUGGAAUAACUGAAUCCCUGAUAUUGCCAUCGUCACUAAGCCAGGAAAAUCAAAUUAAGGAAAUUCGAAUCCUGAAUAUGCACUCGCCGACUGUUCAGCAACUUGCAAAUGAACAGCCAAUCAUAUAUCAUACUUUCCUGUGUGAACCUCUCAAGGCGACUGUUAUUAGACAAUCUACAGUAAUCCCAAUUAAAACAAAUUCCUCAAUGUUAAAUGGCAUGCUAUUGGAUACUAAUAUGACUAAUUUAAGUUUUCAGCCAUUUGUUACACAAACAACUGGCAGCACUACAUCAUACUUAUAUCCGAAUUCCUAUAAAAUUGGAUUUAAUCAUGAUAAAGUAAAUCCUUUGUCAGAAAUCAGUCUAGGAAAUAUUCAAUCUCAAUAUGGCAACUUGCCAAGCACCUGUAACCAUAAUUUAAGCUAUCCAAGAGAAAAACUGAGUACAAAAUAUGUUAGAAAGGACAGUCAGUUGUUAAAUUUUAAACAGGGUAUUGGUGAUAAAAGGAAGUCUACUGCUACGGAUUUAUAUGGUGGUGAUGAAAAAUUCCUGGGUAUGUUAUCCAGUCGUCAUACAAAUACGUCCCUAUUCGUGGAGAGCCUCAAGUCAAAGUGUGAAAACGACAAUGUUGACACAGCACUCAGUUUUAAUGAUAUUGAAACAUGCAAGUCAGGAACUUCUCUUGACGAACUUGAACAGAUCACUUUGUUUUCUUGUGAUAGUAAUAACGAAUUCUUACAGACUAUAGACCCUUUGAAUCUACCGACUGAGAACUCCCCAUUGGCUUUACAGUCUGCAAGUAUAAACAACUGCCAGCAAACAAAACUACCGCCUAAAGACUCAGCCUUACGUACAGAUACCUUCACGCACCCUAACGGCUUGCCAAGUAUUGAAUCAUGGACAUUUGGAGCAUCAAAGUCUUUCCAACCAAGUUGAAAUAUUUAUUUUGGCUUUUCUUAUAGAACUCGUAUUGUUUUUGAUAAAAUACGUAUAUCCUACUUUUAAAAUUGAUUUUCGGAGACAAUUUUCCUUUUAAUACAAAUGAAAAUGAAGACGAAUAUGAAAAUACUUUCUCAAUUAUUUUCCACUUUAUAGUUAUUUUUGAAUGAAAUGAGACCCACUUUGCUUUAUUUUCCUUAUAUGAUUAACUUUUAGUAAAUUAUUGACUGAUAAUUUCGAAUAUUUAUUGCCAUCUGCCAAUUGGUAGACAGACGGAACAUAAUAUGCUGUUUAUAAUAUAAGUUCUUAUUUUAUG